GCCUAAAGGACAACUGUGGAAAGACAUGUCGAAGUUUUUUUUAAUAUUUUUUUAGUUAGAAGUUUUUUAAUUUGUUUUAUGUAUGGUGAAACAGCCUAAGGCGGAAAUGGCUUCUUCCAGCGUGGAUAUGAAACAGCCUAACAUGGAAAGUGAUUUAGGGGAUGCUUCGAAUAUCGAGCCUCAAGAAAUUGCCGACUAUCCUUCGCCGGAAGAUUCGGAGACAGGGCAAGAACUGUCUCUCUUCUCUUAUUGGUUGUGGAUUUAAGGAAUUGGUCAUUAUUUUUUGUUUUGUAGGAAAAAGGAGAAAUUUAUUUUUAUUGUAAUUAUAAAUAUCAAAUAUAAAU